CGCGCGCGCGGACACACCAGACACCUGCUACAGCACAGCAGACACCCGGCUGGCGUUCCAUUCAUUUUCCCACCCGAUCCGCGCUUCUUAUACCACUUUUUUUUUUUGCACUGCAUGCAUUUGCAUAUUAGUGCAAUCUAUUGGUGAUAAAAGGAUGCUUUGACGUUCAGCACUGUUUUUGCGCUUUGUUGGUCUUCUUCUUCUUCAGUGGGAUGGAGGACAGCUCCGGAUUUAUAGCUCGCCACGUUUGAAAACAUUUUUGAUUGUAGGUGCGCAGCUGUAUACCUAGGCUACUGAUAGAAAAUCAUUUCAUGCAUAUGGACGCAAAAGAAGAAUCAUAUAGCUAAAUAAUAAAACAUAAACACACACACACACACACACACACACAAGGCGGAUUACACUUGGAAAUGAAAGCAGAUGCAUAUUCAAGAAGCACCGUGCGGUGUGUUUUUGUUACAGCAUCCUUAAUAAAACACCAAUAAUGUGGCAGUCGGAUUGAUCAAACGAGCCGCUGUUUGUACCGAUCAAAAUGAUCCUUUUCCGCAAAUUCCGCGUGUUGCUUCUCAUGGUCUUUCUCGUAGCGUGCACCAUGCACAUCAUGAUAGACUUGCUGCCCAGACUGGAGAAGAGAGCAGCUGGAGCGGACUCCGCAAACUCGGGCUGCUCCUGCGCGCACGAGCCGAGCGAGGCGCCUCGCGGCCGCAGUAAACAGCAGCAGCAGCAGCGCGUGAGGUCCGGAGCAGCUCCGGCGGAAGCCAGCUGGCCCAACAAGCACACACUGAGAAUCCUGCAAGAUUUCAGCCAAGAGCCCAGCUCGAACCUCAGCUCACAGUCUCUAGAGAAGGCGGCGGCUACCGGAGAAAAGACCCAUCCGCCCCGAGGAGUGAAGCAGCGCGCGGCGGACUCCGGGAGCCCGAGGAGUCUGAUGAAGGAGGCGGUGAACAGAAGCAGGCAGGCUAACAGAGGCGCCUCCAGACUCGCAACUCUCUACCAGCACCCGCUGUAUCAAAGCGAGCUGCCGCCGCUCACCGACGACGACACGCUGUUCAACGUCAAUACCGACAUCCGAUUUUAUUCCAAAGCCACCGGAAACCAAGAAUGGCACCAUGAGGGAAAUGAGGAAGAGGAGUACAACCCGACCGGAGAGGCCACUGCUGAGUCAUAUCCCAACUGGCUUCGCUUCCACAUUGGGAUUAACCGCUAUGAGCUCUACUCCAGACACAACCCUGUAGUGGAGGCUCUGCUCAAAGACCUGCAAGCCCAGAAGAUCACAAGCGUAGCUAUGAAGUCUGGCGGCACUCAGCUGAAACUCAUCAUGACAUUUCAGAAUUAUGGCCAAGCUCUCUUCAAGCCGAUGAAGCAAACCAGAGAGCAAGAGACCCCCCCAGACUUUUUCUACUUCUCUGACUUUGAGAGGCACAACGCCGAGAUUGCAGCAUUUCAUCUCGACAGAAUUCUGGAUUUCCGACGGGUUCCACCAGUGGCUGGCAGACUAGUAAAUAUGACACGAGAGAUUCGAGAUGUGACCCGAGACAAGAAGCUCUGGAGGACAUUCUUCAUCUCUCCAGCCAACAACAUUUGUUUCUAUGGUGAAUGCUCAUACUAUUGCUCCACUGAACACGCCCUGUGUGGCAAACCUGACCAGAUUGAGGGCUCACUGGCUGCCUUUCUGCCUGAUCUGGCCCUCGCCAAGCGCAAAACCUGGAGGAAUCCCUGGCGUCGCUCAUACCAUAAGCGCAAGAAAGCUGAGUGGGAAGUGGAUCCAGAUUACUGUGAUGAAGUAAAGCAGACUCCGCCCUAUGACCAUGGCACCCGUCUGUUGGAUAUCAUGGACAUGACCAUCUUUGACUUCCUCAUGGGCAACAUGGAUCGUCACCAUUAUGAGACAUUUGAGAAGUUUGGCAACGAUACAUUCAUCAUCCACCUGGACAAUGGCAGAGCAUUUGGAAAACACUCGCAUGAUGAAAUGUCAAUCUUGGUACCCUUGAGUCAAUGUUGCAGGGUAAGGAGGUCUACCUACCUGCGGCUUCAGCUGCUGGCUAAGGAGGAGUACAAGCUGAGCUCACUGAUGGAGGAGUCUCUUUUGCGUGACCACCUUUCUCCCAUACUCAUUAGGCCGCACCUGGAAGCUCUGGACCGGCGCCUGCGCCUGGCUCUAAACGUGCUGGCUGAAUGUGUGGAGAAGGAGGGCUACAGCACUGUAGUGGAGGAUGACAUGGAGCACCAUCAUACCUCUCGGGUGAGGUAGUGGAACCCGGACCUACACCAUGAGCCUCGGGCACGUCCUGCUUGAGACGCAUGUUUGAAUUCAGUGAAUUCCAAGAGACUCACCACCAAUGCCUCUGAACUGCCACUCCGUAUAUGGAUAUGUCUGGUACUUCUACAGAUGUCAGCCAGACGUGCUCCCACUUACCUUUGCUCCCCAUGUACUUUUUAAGACUUUAGACCAGAGGCAUGACGGAAAAGAGGUCCAUUUUCUUUUCUUUUGAUGCUACCCACAUGCACCAGGGAUUAUAUUUUAUGUUCAUUUGACUUUUUUUUUUACCUUUAAAGUCCAAGGCUAGUAUUGUAGCCAUGGUGGAAGCUGCAGCACAUAUUGUUUUGUUACACCCUGCUUUUUAUUACCUGGUUGGAUGUGCAAAAGUAAUUUAUUAAUUUUGCAUAUUUUCAUCAUUUCUGUAUAUUAUGAAAUGUAUAGUAGAACCAUAGAGAAACUUUUGACCAGUAAUACAGUGAUCACCUGUUUUGUAGCUUGAGAUUUACCUGCCUAUAAAAACCCAUUCCUUGAUCCGGCUAAUAUAACAGACUGGCAGACAAAUGGUUUCUCUAGAGCAGGUGCGUUUGAUAAGGUUUCGGACUAAAAUCUGUUCAAGGAACAGAGCUGAUGAUCACUGUAUUAGGCAGUGUGAGACUUAAUAAGAAGUGACAUUUAUUUACUACAGACCCUUAGCAUAGGACUUAUGUUUAUAGUUGCUGGUUUAUUUUCUAUGUAGCCAAUUGUGCUCUGUGUGUGAGAUAUUUUGCCUAAAGAUCCAUUUAAGCUUUAAGAGUAGUACUGCAGUGCAGUGCUCCUCCUGUGAGGACCCGUAUACGGCGCCUCUCCUCUCUGCGUGUGGCCUGAUUUGGUUUUCCUAAUUGCUUUCAGAAGCUUGCAUACAGUCGGUGCAUCUGCAAGUCGGACUCUGUGCAAUCCAGUGUUAAGUAUUUUUUUAUUCCAUGUCGUGAAUUCUGCACUUCCUCUCUCAUUAGAGUUAUUCAGCGCUGGAGUGAGCAUGUCAUUUAGGGUUAUUCAAAAGUGCACUCUUGGUAGGAACUUUGUGGAAGAGUGCAGAAUGACUCUAAUUGGUGUUUUUUUGUUUUGAAACUGCCUCCUGUCAGUGACACCAUGCUGAAUGCACCUGUUUCCCCUGCACGGGCGGCUUUGCCAUUCUCAGAUGCAACGCUGCCACGGCUUCUUCAUUCUGUGUCCUUUUCUGUGCCAUACAUGGGCAAGCUGAUCCCUUCUCACUGGCUGCACUCUUGGUUCUUUUUGCCAUAUAUUAAUUAGUAAGCAGAAUUCAUAAAUCUGCAUCAGUUUAUAUAAAGCCUUUGUGUUUUUGUAUGAUACAACAGAUUAUCUGUGUGCUAGGGUUGUUACUAGACAUUUUUCAGACUAAAGACUUUGUCAUAGUCAUUGCCAAUAUUUCAGUCUUUUUUCUUUCUUUUAGAAGA